AUGGCAACUCCCUCAGCCAAACCUGGCGCGACGCCUACCCACCUGUCCUCUCCUCACCCCUCCUCCGCGCCUCUCUCCAGAUCUCUAGCCCAUAAGUCGCCAUCCAUGCGGACUCCCACAGGCUCGGGCCCGGCCCAUGGCCAGCAGACUAGUGUCUCAUCACACCAAUACUCCACACCCCUCGCCGUCACAAGCGGGGUCGAUGAUCCAGUCAAUUUCAGCUCCCCCUCAGCUCUCCUAGCUCUGGGAGGCUAUACUGGCAUCAGCCCUUCGCCUGCGGUGCAUGAUGGCCUUGGAGCGAGUAUGAAUGAAAGUGACAUCCAAAAUCUUGGUAUGCAAGGAAUCAAGCUCGGGGUUGCGCGCGACAACGACGAGGAGCAAAGGAAUCGCAUCGACGAGGUCGUUCAAAUGCUGCGCACGCGCGUUUCGGGAAGAGGCGUCAGCCGUGAGAGUGUGGAGCGUUUAAGUCGACUUGAAGGAUUCGAAUCCAUUUGGCAAGACGACAACCUCAACAUUGCCGGCAACUUUGUCGAUCUGGAAGUUGAAUUCUACCCCGGCCUUGAUGUCGUCAAAGAUGUUAGUCUACGAUAUGCCACACCUGAGUACACGGAAGGUGUCCGACGCGACCAAGCCACGGAAGUCCUGAAGCGCACUCUUGCACAGUCGCCGGAAGAGGCUGAAAUUGGGAAAUGGAGGUCACUACAACAAUUCCACGAGAACUUACAAUGGCUUGCCAAUCUUGACAAACUCAGCCAAGAGGUCAAUUGCUUUGAGGCAUUGGAGAAUCUCGAGGAGAAUUUCAAGCGGAUUUGGAGCGAGGAGAACAAGAAUGGGAAGCACGGUGGUGACUACCAGCACCUUUGCGCUGGUGUUCUUGGACGCCCCAGAAUGCACAAAGGUACUCGAAUUGGCCUCGGCUUGGAAUAUUGGGUUGAACAAGCGAAAGUCCUGGAUGCAAAAAACAGCAAGAAAUCGGCGGAUGCCAUGGAUAUCGAUCAGCAACGCGAUCAAGACUCGAAGAUUGAGCUGGAAGAUCAAGACAGAUCAUGGGCCGUUAUGGUUGAAUGUGAAGUAGGAUAUCCUUCUCUUCGCAUCUCAAAAGAAUGGGUUGGAAGUGAAGCGUUCACCGCAGGUGAAAGUAAUGAGUCGCUUCCUUCAAACGGUGCUGCAGGUUCUGUGAACUGGCUGGACCCUCCGCAGACUAUGCGUCUGACACACGGGAAUCAUGAUCCCAUGGCCAUGGACUCUAGCAUGCUGGAGUCAUCACCGCCCAAUCGUCGGUUCGUUGCUAAGCUGGAACCUGCUCUCGACGUUCCCAUACUCGCUGCCUCAGACAUAUAUCGACAUCUCGGCAUGCAAUUACCGCAGGACUACAAGAUGAUCACAUAUGACGCCUUGUUGGUAUCGGACUCUUCUAUGUCGCCAGUUUCAUCUCCACAUAUUGGUCGCAGGAAGCGCCAGAUGCAGGUGCAGGCUGUUGACUCCAAGGGUGAACAACAGACGAAACGUCAUAACUACACAUUCCAAGCGUUUGAAUCUAUCCCUGGUCAGACUCUUCACGAGCUACCUUUCUCGCAUCCACGACAACUUGCAGACAUACUUCCUAUUCUCCGGCAAUAUGCAUUGUUAGCCAACUUGAUUAGGAAGACAUUCCAACCAUCAGAGCAGGAAAACGGAAGCACCGAUGGGCUUUCUGUCACAGCCACUGAUAAAUCUUCCUUCUCGCACCAGGCCUCAAAUGAGUUCACUAACCCUGAUGGGCUCACUAUAUUGAGCAACGAUAAUCCCAAUGAGGAUAGACUCAAUCUUCUGCUUGGCAUCAAAACACCAGAACAGAGCAAUGAAAAUUCCAGCUAUGGAAGCUCGACUCCUCUCAGUGGAGGACAAAGUCUCGUUCAAUCACCCUGGGACGAUGUCAAAGUGGAUGUAACCUUGCGCACCCAACUUGGGCAAGCGCCUGCUUUGAUGUUGCUGAUUUCAGAUCACCAAGGCCGGGAAGAUGACCUUUCGGCUCAAGGCCGACCUCGUCAAAUUGCAAUCUGCUUUGAGGUUGGGCUGAACGGUCAAGUCUCGGUUGUAGAGACUGCAGGCUUGGCUAAUGGCGGAAGCGGCGGCGAUGCGGAAAUGCAGGGCACAGACGACGCCGGCUCCAGUACCGGCGAGAUCCAAAAGCAAAUUGCCAGAGUGCUUGAGGUCUCACAAGACUUGGGCAUUCUGGUGGAGUGGGUUUUGCGCUGGCUCCAGCAGCGUGCUGGCGGGUAG